UCCUUCCCCCUGCCUCUCUCUCUCCCCUUCCCCCGCUGCUUUUCGCCAGAGGCCUGUUAAUCUUGUCAGUUUGUAUGGAGUGAAGUACAAUGGGAAGAUGAAAUUCACUACUGGCAGAUCUCAUUCUGCUCCAUGAUUCGUCUGUCUGUCUUCCAAUCGAUGUCUUGAAGACUUCAACUUGAAAAUCAUAGAAUGGAAGAAUCAUAGAAUCAACUGAUACAGCUUUUCAGAAUGCAGGUUUGCCAUCUUUAAAAAAAAAAAUCAGUUUGAACUGAAGAAAUCUGGAGAAGUGUCUUGAAGAAACUGAUAUUCUCCAUUGGCUGGCUGACACCAAAUUUAGAGAGCUUUGUUGCUAGUGAAUAUGCACGCAUCCUGACUGUAUUUCUACAUGACUGUGUGGGGCAAUAUUCGGAAUGAAGCUGCCAUCAUGUCAUCCAGAGGCAAUGGCACUGACAUUGAAGAAUUCUUGGUCAACAUUAACUUGGGGCAGUAUCUUCCUAAUUUUAAAGGAUAUGGCUAUAACAUUGUAACAGAUUGCGUGGGAAUAAAUAACAGUGUGCUUCAGCAAAUGGGAGUGUUGCCUACAGGGCACCGCAGAAGGAUUCUUAAGCAAUUGGACACCGCUCUUUCAAAAAUGCAAGGAAAUUCUCUUUUCCGUGAAAAUCUAAAAUUCAAAGACUUGAAAGGUUUAGAAGAGAAGCAAUAUUCGUCCUCGGAUCAGGAGUCUCCAGUAAGCAAUUCAAGUGUAGAUGGGGCUAGCUUGAUAUCUGCAACAUUGUCAGAACAACUUCUUAAUAAGGCUUACGUUGAUAAAGAAAGGUUUGAACUUGUAGAGCAAAACUUAUCAGAGGCAAAUGAUGAUAGCUUUACAAAUUUGGAUUUUUCUAGUUUAUACCAGAAUUCAGACAGCAUACUAAAAGCUGUCAAUCUAAGUGGAAGUAUUAAGACAGAUACUCAGCCAGAUACAUCACUGGAAGAAGCUGCUGCAUACCAAACUGAUGAGCACUUGGCUGGCUGUUUGGCAUUUCAUGAUCCUCCUUCAUUUGCUCAUUCAUGUGAGACAAAAUACAAUGAAAACAAACAUCUGAUGUUUGCGGAUGAGGAUGAUUUAUCUGAUAGUGAGUCAAAUUCUCCAUUCUUUAAGUUUAAAGGAGAAAUGAUAGACAAUGACUUAUAUGAUUCUUGUACGCAAAACUGCAUGAAAGUAUUUCCAAGAGCAAGCCGGUCUUUUAUAUUACGGCAUCGACCUGUACCAGAAAUUCCCGAAUCAAGUAAAGUUCAAGCUUCAUCAAGUUCCCUUCAGAAAAGAAGAAAUGUGGAUCUUGUAAAUACUUCUUGUACUGGGAGGCAAAUUCCACAAAACAAAACUUUCACAGAAGAAAAGCCACCCAUCAUCUCUCCAUAUGGGGAAACCUUUAUUUGUGACAACCCUAAAGAUGCUAAAGAACUUCAUGGAAAUGAAUUCCUGGCUUGUGAAAAUAAAUUGGAUCUAGGAAUGAAUGAAGAGUAUUCUUCUUACAAGAGUCUAUGUUCCUUUAAUAAUCAGGAAGAGAAGACAAAGGAAUUUGCAAAAAAUGAAUCCCUGUCUCAGGAAAACAAAUCAGUAGCACCCGAAGAAUCUGAAAGUGAAUCUGUAUAUUCUAUUGUGGAACAAAGUUCUUUACCUUUAAAGAAAAAGAAAAAUAAAGCCAAAACACACUCAGCAUCUUGUAGUAAGAUACAAAGUGGAGAUUCAGAUCACUUGGUCAGUGAACAAAUGCAUUUUUGGCAAUGUGAUGGAGAUCAAACUUCGACUGGAAAUGAAUCAAUAACACCGUAUGCUUGUUUUUAUGGACCAUCGGUAAAGAAGGUUAAAGCAGGAUGGCUGGAUAAAUUAUCCCCUCAAGGCAAACGUGUGUUUCAGAAGCGGUGGGUUAAGUUCGAUGGAGACAGCAUUUCUUAUUACAAUAAUGAAAAGGAAGUGUUCUCAAAGGGAAUAAUACUGCUCUCUGCUAUAGCAACAGUAAGAGUUCAUGGGGAGAACAAAUUUGAAGUUGUCACAUCCCAGAGGACUUUUGUCUUCCGUGUGGAUAAAGAAGAAGAAAGGAAUGACUGGGUUAAUACGAUGCUCAAUGCCUUGAAAUCGCAGUCUGAUAAUAACUCUCAGUCUCGAACUUCUGUCGCCCCUGAGAAAAGCGGGUAUCUUGAGCUGAAAGGAUACAAAGCCAAAAUCUUUAUUCUACUUCAGGGGAAUACUGUGUGGAUCUGCAAAAAUGAGCAGGAUUUUAAGACAGGAUUUGGUAUCACUGUAAUCCCUAUGAAUGUGGCAAAUGUAAAACAAGUGGAUCGGACUGCAAAGCAAUCUUUUGAAAUAAUUACUCCUUAUAAAAGCUUUAGCUUUACAGCAGAGUCGGAAAGAGAGAAACAAGAGUGGAUUGAAGCACUGCAGCAAUCGAUAGCAGAAACUCUGUCUGAUUAUGAAGUAGCUGAGAAGAUUUGGUUCAAUGAGUCCAACAGGAGCUGUGCUGACUGUAAAGCUCCCAGUCCUGACUGGGCAUCCAUCAAUCUAUGUGUUGUCAUUUGUAAGAAGUGCGCAGGACAGCACAGAUCUUUAGGACCAAGAGAUUCAAAGGUCCGGAGUCUAAAAAUGGAUGCCAGCAUUUGGAGCAAUGAACUUAUUGAGCUCUUUAUUGUCAUUGGAAAUAAGAGGGCAAACAGUUUUUGGGCAGGAAAUCUUCCUCCAGAUGAAGAGCUGCAUAUGGAUGCCCCUGCAGAAAAAAGGAUAGCAUUCAUUACACAAAAAUACAAAGAGGGAAAAUUCAGGAAAGCACCUUUUCCCUACAAAACCAAGGAACAGUUGAAUAAGGCCCUGUGUGCUGCCGUAGUUAAACAAGAUGUGCUAGAAACUCUGAUGUUGCUGUUUAGUGGGGCUGAUGCUAUGUGUGCCACUGGAGACCCUGUUUACAGUACUCCGUACUUAUUAGCCAAGAAAGCUGGACAAAGACUGCAAAUGGAAUUCCUGUACCAUAAUAAAUUCUCAGAUUUCCCAAACUAUGAUACUUGUUUUGAAAGUGGCUUCUCUGAAGAUUCCUCACAUUCCACCUUUCUUUGUGAAUUCUUAUACAAAGUUUCUUCUAAUACUGCUAAGCUUCUUACAGAGAAGAAAUUAAAAGAAGAUUGCAACAAAAGAUGGUGCACUUUGGAAAGUGGCUUUCUGAGCUACUAUGAAAAUGAUAAAACUACCACUCCUAAUGGUAUGAUUGACAUCAAUGAAGUUAUCUGUCUUGUAGUGCACAAGUCAGACCUCUUUUUAAAUAGAGGGGACAUCUUUACCUUUGAAAUCUACUUAAUGUCAGAACGUGUUUUUCUAUUUGGAGCUGAAACUGCAUAUUCACAAAGAAAAUGGACUUGGGCAAUAGCUAAGCAUUUUGUUCCGCCUGUGGCUGAAUGCUUGUUAGAGAGAGACUGUGACCUGCUUGGCCAGCUGUACUACAAAGAUUGCCAUAACCUGGAUCAGUGGAGAAAAGGCUGGUUUGCUCUAGAGAAGUCGAGCCUUUAUUUUUUUCUUGAAAUGGAGAAUGCUGAAGAAGAUUCCAUAUAUCUAAGGAGGUUGCAAGAACUAACAAUCAGUAGUGUGAUACAAAAUGGAGAGAAAAUAGACGUCCUGCUGCUCGUUGAAAAAGGAAGAACGCUAUACAUCCAUGGCCAUACGAAGCUGGAUUUCAUGGUCUGGUAUACUGCAAUUGAAAAAGCAGCAGGUACAGAUGGUAAUGCAUUACAAGAUCAGCAGCUCAGCAAAAAUGAUGUUCCUAUUAUAGUGAACAGCUGUAUAGCAUUUGUUACACAGUAUGGUUUAGGUAGCAAGCAGAUCUACCUUAAGAAUGGCGAUUCUUCCAAUGUGGCUGAACUGCUGGAAAGCUUCAAAAAAGACGCAAGGAGUGUUAAACUAAGAGCAGGAAAACAUCAGCUUGAAGAUGUGACUGAUGUAUUGAAAAGAUUUCUUUCUCAGAUAGAUGAUGCACUUCUCACUAAAGAACUUUAUCCAUUCUGGAUCUCUGCAUUAGAUACACAGAAUGAAAAGGAACGUGUGAGGAAGUAUGGAGCUUUUAUUCGGACGCUUCCACCAGUCAAUAGGGCAACAUUGGCUGCUUUAAUUGAACAUCUUUACAGGGUGCAGAAGUGUUCUGAAAUCAAUCAUAUGAACCCUCACAAUCUAGCCAUGGUGUUUUCCUCAUGCUUAUUUCAAACUAAAGGCCAAACUAGUGAAGAAGUCAAUGUAAUUGAAGAUCUAAUUAAAAAUUAUGUGCAACUUUUUGAUAUAAAUGAAGACCAGGUCAAACAAAUGGAUAUAGAGAACAGCUUUAUUACCAGGUGGAAAGACACUCAGGUUUCCCAGGCUGGAGAUCUGCUUAUUGAAGUUUACGUGGAAAGAAAGGAGCCAGACUGUAGUAUUAUAAUCAGGGUAUCACCUUUGAUGGAAGCAGAAGAAUUAACUAAUGAUGUUUUAGGAAUCAAAAACAUUAUUCCCAACAAAGAUGACAUCUGGGCUGCUUUUGAAGUACUUGAAAAUGGAGAACUAGAACGUCCUCUGCAUUAUACAGAGAAUGUACUAGAACAAGUUCUUCACUGGAGUUCACUACCAGAGCCUGGCACUGCAUAUCUGAUAAUAAAGAGAUUUCUAACAGCAGACAUGAUAAAACUCUACAGUGAGAAAAAUGAGAAAGGUAGCGUGAAAGCAGGCAAUCUGAAGUACAAAGAAGAACCAUCAAAACUACUGUCCGGAAACAAAUUUCAAGAGCGUUAUUUUGUGUUACGGGAAGGAAACUUACUUCUUUAUAAGGAUAUGAAGGCUAGCAAACCUGAAAAAGUGUUGCCUGUCAAUUCCCUGAAGCUUUAUCUUGGAGUGAAAAAGAAAAUGAAACCACCAACAAACUGGGGACUUGCAGUUUUUUCUGAAAAGCACCAGUGGUAUAUAUGUUGUGAUGGACAAGAUGCGCAGAUGGAGUGGAUGAUCAGCAUUUUUACUGCACAGCAUGCAGAUAUAUGGCCACCUGCUGGAAAAGCAAGGAAACAGUCUAUAACUAAAAGUCCAAAGAUUGGAGGCUUACCACUAAUUCCCAUUCAUCAGGAGAAGAACACUUGUAAAAUCAGAGGGAGUACAGAAAAUAUAGAACUGCAAUCUGGGAAACCAAAAUUCAGUGAGCAUCAUGAAAAUGACUUUCUGAAAGAAAGAAAAAACUUGAAAGAAAAAGCAUCUAUUGUGGCACAAUGUCUGGAACGGAAGGAGGAGAAAGUGCGAAAUCAUGCAAAAACACAUCAGAGCUUGAUCCCUGUUGAGGAUAUAGAUGCAGGGAUGACUGACCUACACCAAAGACCACUUAAGGCACUGAAGAAAAAUAAGAACAAAACAAACAAAAGUACUUUGGAAUUAGACAACAAAUUACCAUCAAAUGUGAUUCAGGAACUAAAUACAGUGCUGCAGAAGAACAGAGCACUUCAUGAUGAAACCUCCAGCUGAUUUCCUGAGUCUGAAGUUUAAUAUACACGUGUGUAUGUAUUUUCUGGGCAAAAGUAGGGUUUUUUGAUGUGUGUAGUUUGUACAGUGCAGAGGAAAUAUAAUUUGUUUAUAUGCAGCUGUUGAUUUUGUAUAUGUGUAUGCCACAUGUUAUAAUUCAAGGUUGAACUGAGAGAACUGAUUAUGUAGAACUCCUGAAAUUUGGGAGUUUUCCUGUGCAGUGCAAUGACACCAGGGUUUUGUCUAUUAUUUUUUGUUGCAGAUUUUGUUUGACAUAAUAAUUCUAAGUGCUGCCAAAAGCUUUUGCUCUGUUUAUAUUCUGUACCAUCUUGUAAGUACUGGAGAGAGAUUUUCGGAAGGAAGACAAGAUAUACACUGAAAUUCAUACUGUUGGCCUGCAAUAUUUUUAAUUGUCUAACACUAUAAAAAUGAGUAACGUCUGCUUUGAAAAGUGAUUUUUGCAUGUAAUUUUUUUUGUGUGUGUUUAAGAAUAAAAUUAGUAUCUGCUUCCAUAGAUUCGUCCUCUGACAGAGUGGCAUGUGAAAGAAUCAAAAGGGAGAGGAAUGUAGUAGUAAAGACAAUGUGUUAGUCAUUGUAUCUCAAAACUGUGUCUAUAUGGUAUACGCCUGAUUAUGACAUCUAAGCAAUGAGAGAGAAUACUGACAAAAAGAAGUCUUCAAAGCAAUCUCUGAUUUAAAAGGGUGUAUGAAUUGGAAGAGUAGCGUCAUCUCUUUUUGCUCAACAGGCUGAAGUAAUUUUAUAAACAGACCUUGGUUAGCUCAGGGUGACAAAGGCAGACUUUUCUAUCACUGUUUGGAUAGAGCUUGCUUGGUGCUGACAAAGUUGCUGGCAUCUGAUGAAUAUUUAGUAUUCACAUGAGAAAUGAAUUUCCUAAAGAAAAAAUGGUCCCCACACAAACAUAUCUAUCGGAAGGGUACUAACUCACUCUAAGAAGUGCCAGUUACUAAAUGGGUGAGGAGAUUAGCCCCUCCCUUUACCAUGAGGACAAAGGUGAACAGUAUGCUGUUUGCAGGGACUAGGAAAUGCUUGUGCUACAGCUGUAGCACAGCUCUUCUUCUGAGUGUGAGAAGAGGUCCCAAGGUUGAGACAACAGCCUCGUUUGCUGCAUUCUGAGUAUGCAGGUAGCAGUUCCUGAAGACGCAUGAUAUGCUACCCUGCAGCUACUUUGGUUUUUAAGCCCUGAGUUCCUUAAAUUUAAAAAUCAGAAUCUGGCUUCAAAACAAAACUAUGAGCAAUGAAAUUAUUUGGUCUUCUUCAGUUGUUUUGUGGAUCUCACUUUCACUUACCCCAUGGGAUUGCCUCCUUCCUCUCUCAUGGCAUGUCCCAGUUUUUACUUAGUCCUGUAACAGCUGGAUGGGCAAAAGGCACUGCUGUGCUGAGGCUGUUUCCAGGUGUUGCAGAUGCUGUCUGGUUAAGCAGCAGGACCCAACAGAGCAGAGGGCUAAUGAGCUCACGCUGCACCUUUGCUUCAGGGGAGGCAUUAAUAACAGCAUCUGCUUUAUUUUGCUGCCGUCCCUUUUGUGGUCUGAUUAGCCACUCUGCCACAGAUUUUCACCAGCCUUUUGAGAACUUACUGAUGCCUUUAGUGUUCCUCAGGUUUGAUUGGAAUUGGCCAGACCUCUUAGGGUAGAAGAGAGAAUUUUCAAGUAUUUCUUGUUUAUUGGAAAUUGUUUUAAAUAGUCUCUUAAUUCCUUAAAAUUUCAGAGGAAAAAUUCAAUUUAAUCAGCAUCAAUGACAUUUGAUUUUUAUUAACAAAUAGUUUUGAGGAUGCUUUAUGUUGCUACUGAAUUUCUUCCCAUACGGAAGCAGUGUGCUCACUUAUCCCCUCUUCUAUUUUUGGUAGUCACAGGUGACGUAACAUUUCUCACAUAAUUUACUUCUAUUCUUGAUUGCAUUGA